ACGAAAGGAACGAGUUUUGGCUUCGUCGCCGCCCUCCCCCAUUCCGUUCGUGGCCGCAAGCUCUCCGACCCUGGCCCCCCCCUCUCCCAAACCCUCACGUCCCUCGUCUCCCUCCUCCAAACGCUAACCUCCUGGAGUGACGAGAUCCCCCCACUCCCCCACCCCGCCCGCUACGGCAACCCCGCCUACCGGUCCUGGCACGCCCGUCUCUCCGCCGAGGCCCGCGCUCUCCUCCCCCUCCUAUCUUCGGACGAGCUUAGCCCCGCCGCCGACGAGCUCCUCCCCUACCUCCUUGACUCCUUCGGCAACGCCUCCCACAUCGACUAUGGCACCGGCCACGAGACCAACUUCGCCGCCUUCCUCUACUGCCUCACACGCCUCGGCCUCAUUCGGGAGGAGGACUACCCUGCCCUCGUCACCCGGGUCUUCGUCGCCUAUCUUGAACUCGUGCGCAAGCUCCAGACCACAUACUGUCUCGAGCCCGCCGGAUCUCACGGCGUCUGGGGCCUCGAUGAUUACCACUUCCUCCCCUUCAUCUUUGGCUCUGCUCAGCUCAUUGAUCACAAGUAUAUGAAGCCCAAGUCGAUUCACAACCAGGACAUUCCUGAUAACUUCUCUCAUGAAUAUAUGUAUUUGGCCUGUGUUGCCUUUGUGAAGAAGGUGAAGAAGGGGGUUUUCGCAGAGCACUCCCCUAUGCUUGAUGAUAUAAGUGCGGUGCCAAGAUGGAGCAAGGUGAACAGCGGGAUGCUGAAGAUGUAUAAAGCUGAGGUGCUUGAGAAGGUGCCGAUCAUGCAGCAUUUUCUCUUCGGAUCACUUAUCAAAUGGGACCUUUGUUUGAGGUGGAAACACGGAUCUGAACUGCUGCAUGUACGAAUACCAUCAGCAAACGGAAUGCAGCUUGUUGUUCCUUUCUGUGCAUGGUUCCGAGGGUUUCCAUCAGAAAUACAUGAAUGACUUUGUACAAAGUAUAUGCGUUGACGGGCAAAAUUUUGGUCUGCAUAUGAUUAACAACACAGUUCACAGGUCUGUUUGUCUUGUUUUGAAAGUGAUGGUUGGACUUACAUGGAAGGGGUUUUUUAUAUUCCAAGAACAUUGCUGUGCCUUGGUGAGCCACGAAUAAUAUAAACAUUCACGCAUCAGAGAAGUUUGUGAUUUGAUUCUUGAGGCCAUUCGGAAGUUUCUGAACUUGUGUCGCGUUCUCCAUUCGGUGAUCUUCGAUUCUGUUUAGAGAUUCUGAAUUAGAUCUUCGUUGUG